UACAUACAUAAAUUGAGAACCGCAGAGUGUUGGAAGUAAAAGUGCCACUGCAAGGAAAAUUAAAAUAUAAUCGUGUAGUACAUUGUAAAACUUACAAUAAGUUAGUGACUUUGUCACAGAGAAUCGCCAAGACGCAAAUAAUUGAUAAGUGAUUCCGCUCCUGCUCAUGAGUAUUCAUAGAGAAGGAGCUGAACUCGAUCGCAUUACAGUCAAAAUCCACAAUAUGAAACGUAGCGCUUCCCGCUCACCAGGUAGAGGGAACAUAGUACGAAACUCUCGCAGCAUGGGUCGUGGCUACGAUAAUGGCGGUGGUGUGCCAGGUGAUUCACCCGAACGCAUGUCUCCGGAACGCAUGCGACGCCGUUUGGAUCGUUCUCCGAGUCCCCGUGGUCGCUAUGGUUCGCCGCAUCGGGAGGCGUACAUGCGUGGUCCGCCGGCUGCCGAGCGUCCCGCUGGCUAUAAGGUACUGUGUGUGAGUGCGUUGCCGCCCAAGGCGCCCGACGAGUUCAUCGAGGAGACACUGUAUCGCGAGUACAAGAAAUUUGGAGAUUUCAGUGUGCGUCUCGCCCACGACCUGGACGAACGGGUUGCCUACGUCUGCUUUCGCACGCCCGAAGAUGCGCGCGAGGCCAAGCACCACAAGCCGCGUCUCAUCAUCUACGAUAAAAUGGCCAUUGUAGAGCCCGUUUAUAAAUCAACAACUAGGCCGGAGUACAGACCGCGUCACUCUAUUUCGCCGCCGGACUAUGAGCGAUAUCAUUAUUCGCGCUCGCCGAUGGGGCCCGGCGUGCCCUUGGAUCAUCGACGGCCACCAGUCGAUCCGUAUGACCGCUAUGGUCCGCCUCUACAUCCGCAUGCUGCUCAUCCACGUGAAUAUCGACCCAUGCACCAUGAGUAUCCACAUCCGCCGCGCGGCCCACCCAUGCAUCGUGGUCAUCCGCACACCCAUCCGCAUCAUCUGCACGGCCAUCCGCCCCCACAUCAGUAUGCACCAAUGCGUCCGAUGGCACCACGUCCGCAUGUGCCGUACGAGAAGCCGGAGAGCAAGAAGGAUAAGUUUCCCAAUUAUUUGCAUCAUGUGCAACCUGAAGAUGAUCCGCUCUCCACGCGCACACUCUUCGCUGGCAACCUCGAGGUGACAAUUGCCGAUGACGAGUUACGUCGUAUUUUCGGUAAAUAUGGUGUAGUGGAUGACAUUGAUAUAAAGAGGCCGCCACCUGGCACUGGCAACGCAUUUGCCUUCGUACGCUAUCAGAAUCUUGACAUGGCUCAUCGUGCCAAAAUCGAGCUGUCCGGCCAGUACAUUGGCAAGUUCCAGUGCAAGAUUGGCUACGGCAAGGUGACGCCGGCCACACGCAUGUGGAUUGGUGGACUGGGUGCCUGGACUUCGGUGACACAGAUCGAGCGCGAAUUCGAUCGAUUUGGUGCCAUCAAGAAGAUCGAAUAUCAGAAGGGCGAACCGUAUGCCUACAUCCAAUACGAGACCGUUGAGGCGGCCACAUCCGCUGUCAAGGAGAUGCGUGGCUUCCCGCUGGGUGGCCCCGAGCGUCGAUUGCGCACCGAUUUUGCGGAGCUGCCAGGUGCUACGCCAGUGGCCCCGUUCAAGAACUCAAAGCCGUCGUAUGACGAGAGUGCCAUGGAGUAUCGACGACCUGAGUACGAUCCGUACUAUGAGGAGGCGGCUGCGUAUGCACCGCGUGGCGGCUACUCACCAUAUCCGCCACGUGGCGGUUACCGUGGACGCGGUGGUGGCUAUCGUGGCCGUGGACGUGGCAUGUAUCACUAUCACAACGAUGUACACCGGCCGCCACAUCCGAGCGCUAUGGGCGGUGUAUCUGCUGUGCCGCCACCGGGCGGAGCCGACGAUGAGUGGCGACGUCCGCCUGGCGAAUCAUACGAUCGGGCUCGUUCUGGUUCGCGAGAACCGGGUGUCGAACGUUCGCGUUCCCGUUCACCGCUGAAGCGUGCACGCUCCCCCGGCUCGGAUUCGGACACUUCGACGCGCCACACGGAUGCACUGGGAUCGGCGACCACCGUGCCAGAGGUGGCGCGCAAAUGCAGCACGAUUUGGACCGGUGCACUCAUACUGAAGAGUUCCUUAUUCCCGGCCAAAUUCCAUUUGACAGACGGCGACACGGACAUUGUGGAGUCGCUGAUGCGCGACGAGGAGGGCAAGCACAAUUUGCGUAUAACACAGCGAUUGCGUCUGGAUCCUCCCAAGCUGGAGGAUGUGCAGAAGCGUAUCGCCUCCUCAUCGUCGCAUGCCAUAUUUAUGGGCCUUGCCGGCUCGACGGUGGACACCGAUUGCGAUGAUGCCAGUGUGCAGACACGUCCGCUGCGCAAUCUCGUCUCCUAUUUGAAGCAGAAGGAGGCAGCUGGCGUUAUUUCGCUGCUGAACAAGGAGACGGAGGCGACGGGUGUGCUGUAUGCAUUCCCACCGUGUGAUUUCUCCACGGAUCUGCUGAAGCGCACCUGUCACAGCCUCACCGAGGAGGGCCUGAAGGAGGAUCAUCUGGUCAUUGUGGUUGUGCGUGGCGGCACCGCCUAAGACAAUACUGGACAAACUGUGGGCAAUCGCAACGAUUACGAUUAGGAUUACUUUCGCCUGCGCAGUGAUCGGAAGACAGCCGUAGACUGUCACAAAAACAACACCCACACACACCACACACACACACACUCCAUGUAACCCAUCUAUACAUAUAUGUAUAUGUAUAUGUAUUGGUAGUAGCAUAAUUCAGUCAAUAUACAAUUUGAGUAAUAACCAAUCAAUCCCCCCCCUACUAACAUCCAGUGACGACAUGCCGUAACACAGCCAGACAAACAGACAGAUCCAAAGACAAGAAACAAGACGGUUACUAAUGAGUUUACAAAAAAAAAACCAACUGUAUUAAUCAAAUUAUUAUUGUUCUUUUUACAGACCAAUCAAUCAAUCAAUAUUUAUGGUUAUUUAUGGUUUCUGUUUCUGUACAUGAUUCUUAUUCUCUGUUAAGUGAGAGUGUCAAGUUUAUACAGUUCAUACAGUUUUAAAUGAUUUCUUUGAAAAAUUACAAUUGUGCCAAAAAGUUUUCAAUAUUCAAUAACUAUAUUCGUUGUAUAUUUAACUUCAAUUUAUUUUACAAAAAAAAAAAACAACAACAACAAAAACUACAACAACAGUGUAAAGAUUCAUUUCAAGUUUUACUCUUCCCUAUUUUGAAAAUGCUUUGUAUACAAAUUUAUUCUUUUUAAAAUGUACAAUUAGUGCAAAAACAACAACUACCAACAAAAAACCAAAAAAAAAAAUAAUAAGAGAAAAGUUCAAGAAAAAGAAGAAAAAAGAAUUUAAAUCAGUUUUUGUGUUAACUUUUUUUGUAUAUUGUGUUAAUAAGUCGAAUCAGUUUUGAGAGUUAUGAUUUGAUUUUGAGAAAUUUUGGUAAUGUGAACAAAACAAAACAAAUCGAAACAAAUUGUGCAAAAAGUGCUUGAAUGUUGUGGGGCCAUCUAAAAACCGAUAUAUAUUAUAUCUAUGAUAUGUGGGCAUUGUUAAACCGAAAGUGAAUCCGAAUCUAAAAUCGAAAAUCGUAUGUUUUUAAUUUGAGUUGCGUUGUUCUGUUGCCCAAGAGAAGGAAUGGAAUCCGUCCUUUUUGCUAAGCCUUGUUUGCUAUACACUACUAUUGAUGAUGAAUUGCCGUGUGUUGUUUUUAAAGUGGCUGAAAUUUGAUAUUUGACCCAUAUCAUUGUGCAGUGAGCUGUUCGUUCCAAGUUUAUAUGAUUCUCUCAAAAAUAUCUGUUCCUCCUAAUGUCUAUGUUCGUUCAUUUCCAUCCGAAAAGAGAACGUCGUGUAGCAUUUGUUUCAAAAUGUUGUAAUUGUUCAAAUGGGUUUUGCAAAUGUUACAUCGGUUUUCUUAUGGUUGCUCUCAACAAGUUCUGUGUCGUAUGGUGUGUGUAUAUCUAUAAUACUAUAUAACUGAAUGCAUUCACUCCCCCCCACAAGACGAUGAAUGCAUUAUGUUCUUUGUGCAUUGAAGUGUCAACUGUAAAAUUUGAUAUAUAUAUCUAUAUAUAUACACAAACUAUGAUUUUGAUGCUCUAUUGCUGAAUAUACAGCUGACAAGUGUGUGUAUGUGUGCAUGUGUGCGGCCGAUAUUAUCAAAUUAUAUAUAUUUAUAUAUAGUAUGACUACAUUAACAGAUUUCUACACAAGUUUAAACACAAAUUUAUAAUGCAUUGGAAUAAUAGCUGUUCAGAUAUCUAAAUACUAAAUAAUUUAAUUGGUUUUGUGACUCGUUAAAUGAAUAAUAUAUAAAGGCAAUUAAUUAUGCUUCACCAUAUUAUAUCUAUUAUAUAUAUAUAUUUAACUGAUAUUCAAAUAAAUACAAGA